UUCUCGAUCACAACUUUAAUUAAACAUUUAUUUGAACUCGCGAUCAGUCAAUAAUCACCUCGAAGACGAAAACCGGCCAAACACCCGAAGGUUAGUUGCGGAUUUGCAAUUUUGCAACAUCAACUUUUUCAAAACACGGCAACUCAACGUGACCUGACCUUAUCCUAUCAGAUCGAUUCAAUUCCAGUAAGAUUCCUUUGUUUCAUUAAUUUAAUCAGUUUGGAUCACAAACCCUAGAUAUCACAAUUCCAAUUUGAUCACCAACACUUAUGGAUGAUUAUCAUUGACCAAACAAAUCAUUCAUAUUUCUAUAUCUCCAAGACUCCAACCAGUCCACCACACUGCCGAUUACCUUGUUACUGAGCCCUAAUCUGCUCUCGUCAGUUGGAUUACUAUUUCUUGUCUUUGUGUUAAUCUCAAUCGAACAAGUAUGAAAGACAAGAAGUCUGCAAAAGCAAGCCUUCAACAUAAACAACAUCAGAACGGCCACAUUUCUCCAUUUAAGUUUGCGAAAUUGCUUGAUCCGGAAGCAUCUUGGGACAAGGACCAAUUAGGAGAUGUACUUCACUGGAUUCGGCAAAUUGUAGCUGUUGUAUGUGGGUUGCUAUGGGGUGCCAUUCCUUUGGUAGGGGGUAUCUGGAUUCUUGCAUUUCUGUUGAUUUCUUCUGGUAUCAUAUACGGGUAUUAUGGAGUCAUACUUAAGCUUGAUGAAGAAGAAUUUGGUGGACAUGGACCUCUUCUUCAAGAGGGACUUUUUGCUUCAAUUACUCUCUUUCUGCUGGCGUGGACUCUGGUAUACAGCUUGGCACACUUCUAACUGUAAUCUCUUGUUUUUGUAUUCCCAUUAUUGAACUUGAACUUCAAAUUUUUUAUUUCCUUGAUUGUGCAAUAUUUUUUAGUAGUUGGAUUUGGAUUUUGAAGU